AUGUCCAAGUCAGAAGUGAAAGAGAAGGACUUCGUGUUCGUCAAGACUCCUGCCGCCGUCCCCUAUGCCCCUGCAGAGGACUGUGGUGUCCCCAUCACCAAGUCUCCCGCGAUUGCCAAUGCUCCCCUCCCUGCGGAUGGCUCCGGCGCCGACUCAUUCAGCAACACUCUCCUGAUCUCCCUCCUGGUCGGCAUUCCCUACUACCUCAAAUGGAAGGUCGGUGGUGGCCUGAAGACCUUCGUCUUCUUUGCUAUCCUUGUCGACCUUCCCCUCCUUGCUGCCUUCUGGCUCAUCGUCUCCGCGGUCAGCCCUCGCAAGACUGAGAAGGCUCGCCUCCCCAACCGUGGUGUUGAGCACUACCUGGACUUCAAGAACGAGGCCGAUCGCCUCAAGUACCGUGGCCAGACCAAGAUCGCAAUGGAGACCUUCCACGAGAUGUAUUUUGACGGUGAGGUUGACUUCAAGGGCGAUGCUCUUGAGGCCCUCGAGUACCGCCACGACUGGGCCAGCUUCCGCUUCACCAUUGGCCUCAUUCGCUUCUUCCUUCUUGGCUUCCUCCCCGAGAUGAUCAUGCACACUCGUUCCCAGGACGAGGAGCAGGUUCGUGACCACUACGACCGCGGUGACGACUUCUACGGCUGGUUCCUUGGCCCUCGUAUGAUCUACACCUCAGGUAUCAUCAGCGACAUCGACCGUGAGGAGACCCUUGAGGAGCUCCAGGAUAACAAGCUUGCCGUUGUCUGUGAGAAGAUCGGACUGAAGGAGGGUGAGACCAUGCUUGAUCUCGGCUGUGGUUGGGGUACUCUUGCACGCUUCGCUAGUGAGCACUACGGUGCCAAGGUCACUGGUGUCACUCUUGGUCGCAACCAGACUGCUUGGGGCAACAGCGCCAUGCGCAAGGUUGGCAUCCCCGAGGAGCAGAGCAAGAUUGUGUGCUGCGACUACCGUGAUGUCCCUGUCCCCGAAGGUGGCUACCAAAAGAUUACCUGUCUCGAGAUGUCCGAGCACGUCGGUGUCCGUCACUUCUCUGGUUUCCUCUCUCAGAUCUACAACAUGCUUGACGACGAUGGUGUUUUCUUCAUGCAGUAUGCUGGUCUCCGUAAGGCUUGGCAGUACGAUGACUUCACCUGGGGUCUGUUCAUGAACAAGUACAUUUUCCCUGGUGCCGACGCUUCUACCCCUCUUGGUUGGACCAUUGACAAGCUCGAGGCCGCUGGUUUUGAGGUUAAGGGCAUUGACACCAUUGGUGUUCACUACUCCGCUACUCUCUGGAGAUGGUACCGUAACUGGCUCGAGAACCGUGACAAGGUCGAGGCCAAGUACGGCAAGCGCUGGUUCCGCAUCUGGGAGUACUUCCUUGCUUACUCCACCAUCGUCUCUCGCCAGGGCAGUGCCACCUGCUUCCAGAUUGUGCUGGUCAAGAACCUCAACUCUACCCACCGUAUUGAGGGUGUUCCUAGCCAGUACGGUCUUGACGGCGCUCUAGAGCAAUUCAAGGCCAAGUUCGACCUUGAGUCCUGGGCUGGCAAGAACAACGUCAAGACUCCUUCCGAGUACCUGCAGUAA